AUGAUUUAGCCUUACUAGAAGUGCUGUUCUGUGGAUGUUAAAGUCCACCUAACACUUCACACUAAAAUAUUUUAACAACUGUUGGACAGACUGUGAUCAACUUUAGCUGAGGCAUUCAUGUUGCAGGACGGAAUGUAACAACUGUAGAAAUAUUCUCACUUUUCUCCUGAUUUAUAUAUAUAUAUUUUACAGUGUACCCCCCAGUUUAACAUUUUUUACAGAGUACCCGUUGUUUUUGUUAUUUUUUUACGGUGCCUCUUGUUGUUUUCUACACUGAAGUUUGAACAGUAUCACAGUAAAUAGGUUGUAGUUAUGGACAGUGGACACUGGGGGCAGCAAACACACUUGAGUUGAGAGAGGACUGUUGUUUAAAAGUUUGGGGGGGGGCAGUCAUGGGACCCUGUUUGCUGCUGAAACAUGUGGAUCAUAUGAGACAGAAAAAAAGAGGAGGAAGAGGAUCAUAGAGAUUUUAUAGAGAGGAGAAGGAAGGAUGGAGGAUUUGUCCCGGUGGGUGAGGGAGGCUAGGUGCUGGAUGAGGAGGUGCUGUUGUGGUGAGGAAGAGGAGGAUGAGGAGAAGAAAGGGAAGAGAGAAGAAGGAGAUGAGGAGGUGGAGAUGGAGGAUCUCAGCUGCAGAAAAAGCAGGAGCUCAACUUGGCCCCCACCUGCUGAGCAGGAUCCAGAUGGGUCUGCCUUGCCUCUCUCCGGGUCUCAGCCUUAUUGGUUCCAUACACUGCAGGUCCGGCGGCUGCCGGUUCAGAGAGGACGCAGCAACAGCGAUCCACUGAGAGGCCCGAGCAACAAGGACCAGUUCCCCUGGGAACCAGGGCUGCAGUUCGGAGCCGCUCAGUCGUACGUGAGCCUGGAGAAACUGGGAGAAGGCGCGUACUCAUCCGUGUACAAAAGCAUCAGCAGGAUAAACGGGCAGCUGGUGGCUCUGAAGGUGAUCCAUAUGAAGACAGAGGAGGGCGUCCCAUUCACGGCCAUCAGAGAAGCAUCUCUGCUCAAACGUCUGAAACACGCCAACAUCGUCCUCCUCCAUGAUAUCAUCCACACCAGAGAGUCGCUCACCUUUGUCUUAGAAUAUGUGCAGACAGACCUGGCCCAGUACAUGACCCAGCACCCCGGAGGUCUGCACUCACACAACGUGCGGAUCUUCAUGUUCCAGCUGCUGCGAGGCCUCGGCUACAUCCACAGCCGGAGAAUCCUCCACCGAGACCUGAAGCCUCAGAACCUGCUCAUCAGCCACCUGGGAGAACUCAAACUGGCCGACUUUGGUCUGGCGCGGUCCAAGUCCAUCCCCAGUCAGACCUUCUCCUCAGAGGUGAUGACUCUGUGGUACCGGCCCCCUGACAUCCUGCUGGGGUCCACAGAUUACUCCACCGCCGUGGACAUGUGGGGAGCUGGGUGUAUCUUCAUCGAGAUGCUGCAGGGGGCGCCAGCAUUCCCUGGAGUCUCUGAUGUGUUUGAACAGCUCCAGAAGAUCUGGGCGGUCCUGGGUGUGCCAACUGAGGAUGGCUGGCCUGGAGUCAGUCUGCUACCCAAUUAUAAACCAGAGUGGUUUGUUCAAUCUAAGCCAAAACAGUUUAAAACCAUUUGGAAAAGGUUGAACCAGCUGCCCUACAAGACCGAGGACCUGGUCCAAAGAAUGCUGAAGGGGGUCCCCACACACCGGAUCUCAGCUCAGGAUGCUCUGCAGCACCCAUACUUCAGCACGCUGCCUCCUUCCAUCAUGCACCUCAGAGACACAGUGUCAAUCUUCAAGGUUCCUGGUAUCUAUCUGGAGACAGAAGUCAGAGACAUGUUCCACCCCGGUAGGAAGCUCCAACUCUCCCUGCUGCAUGCUGCAAAAAACUGGUAGUUAAACCGCCAUCAGUCUGAGGAGACAAGCAGAGGGGUGAGCAGUCCUCAUCUGUUUAGUAUAGAUUUGUGUAUCAUACUUCUUCCUUAUUUUAAUUGUUAGAAUGAAGCUAAUCAGCUAAUCUCAUGGCUGUGUCACAAUAAAACCAGGUAUGAUGUUUAACAAAAAAUUCAUGAUUACGUUGAACCUUGAAGGAAGUUAUUAAUAAGGAAGUAAGUAAACAGACUGUUUAGCCAUUUUUAAACUGAAGCUGUUUAUUCUUUAUAUAUCAUUGAAAGGAAUGGAAGCAGAAAUUUUAGUUAGAUUUCAUGAACUCUGGUCUGACUCAUUUUAUUCUGCUUGAUGUUUUAUUUUCCUGUCUUUAGUGUCUUACCUUCAUUAGUUGUUAUUUAAUUCACUUGGAUCUGCAGCUGGUGUUGUUUUUGUUCAGCAAAGAAACCACUUUCCUUUAAAGUUUACGCUUAAUUAAUCAGUUUUUGAGGAAUUUGACAUCUGUCUGUUGGGCCUUGUUUAUUUCUUUGUCUUUUUUUUUCAUUGCAGAGUUCACUUAGUUCAUCAAAAACCUAAAAUAAACAUGUUUGUCUGUGCUUCUAUAAAAAAUUUAAAAAAAAACUUUGAGAACAAAACAAAAACUGGUACCGUCAAGUUGUUGUGUGUUCAUGUAUAAAUAUACAAUUAGUAACUGAAGAAAUAUAGAGUUUUGUUUGACUGACAGAAAGUGAAAUAAUGUGAACGUUUGAUUUGUGAGAUAAAAGAGAAGGAGUCGCUGUUUGUGCAUAUUUAACUCUGUGUUUUUACGUCGGAUAUUUGUUUGAUGAGAGAAAAUUGAUUCACGACACUCGAAGACAGCUCAUCAUUAAUAAAUUAAAAUGCACAGGCGCCUUUGAUAACCAGCCUCUGAAGAAUCACUAGUUUAUUUAACCUGAAAACUAGUUUUCUUUGUUUGUUUUUUUUUUUUUGACAAACUUUUGUUUUCAGAGGAAUUUCUCAG